AUGCAUCCCUACAGUGGCACUCCAAUCUGUCCAAGGUGUUCAAAGGCUGUCUAUCUUGCAGAGCAGGUACUAGGGCCAGGGCGAAAGCUCUACCACAAGCCAUGCCUGACUUGCAUGAUAUGCAGCAAGAGACUCGAUUCUUUCACUCUCCUCGAGCACGACGAGCAGCCCUACUGUAAAUCCUGCCAUCUCAAGAACUUUGGCACCCGCGACCUACGACAUGCCAACCUUCCACACGUUCCUGUCCCAGGGGAGGAGCGAUCCUCGUCUCCAUCAUCUCCGCCACCUUCGAAAGGUGUUUUCCCACCACAAGCCCUCCUGCGCCCCCUUAACACCGGCAACACAUCUACCUCCAGUCCAUUGAAUAGGUCUAACACUAAUACGUUACCACGUCUCAGACCGAACAGAUCCCUUACAAGCCCCAUUUCCCCGACGUUCUCUCGCACAACUGGACCACUUUCGCCUACAUAUCAGCUUCAAUCACAGACAACGGGCUCUGGGGCCAACGGUAGCGGGAAUGGAACCCCGUCGUCAGGCUCUGGGAGUCGCAGCUCGAGCGCCGGGACGCCUCCUCUCCCACCACGGAAUGCAAACACCAUAACGGAGGAGGAAGAGGUCGAUAUGCAAGAUACCCCGAUGAGCGACGACGUCAUAGCCGAAGAAGGGCAAGAAAGGGCGACCUCCGACCACCCAAGCCCACCUCCCCUCCCAGCCCGCGCGACCACGCCCUCGGGCAUGUCCAACACUGGGCGCCCAGGCAUCGGCACGAUCCCGCGCACGAUACCUCUGUACCUCAACGACAACGGCUCUUCAGGAGGGCGAGCGCCCUACAAGCACCAUACCUCGCGCAGCGUCGGGGCUGUGCCUGCCUCUUACGUCACCUCGGCGUCAAAGUACACUGCGUCGUAUACCAAAGACGAUAGCGCCGUUCCUGAUACCCAGGCAGACUCGGAAGAGACCAUCGGAAAUGGCGAGGUGGAGGAGGACCCACUGAGCCGGUUCACUGCGAUGACCACCACGGCGAGCAGCCCAGGUGCCGGCUCCGGUUCGUUCGGGUUAGGGAACAUGACCCCAUUAAAACAGACUGCAACGGGGACAAGGUAUGGGGUCGCCCUAGGUGGAGGGGUGGGAUCACCUCCAGGUGGUGUGGGCGUACAUAUGACAGGGCAGGCGAAGAAGUGGGGCGCCGGCACCCCCGUCUGUCCAAGGUGCAAGAAGAGCGUAUAUUUCGCUGAACAGGUCAAAGCAGUAGGAAAGACCUUUCAUAAGAACUGCCUACGGUGCGUCGAGUGCAAUACCUCGCUAAGCUCCGGUAGGCUGCACGAUCAUGAUGGAGAUCCAUUCUGCGUCAGAUGUUACAAUAAGCUUCAUGGACCUCAAGGUGGCGGUUAUGCAUUGCUGGGGAAGGCAGGCGGUUGA